AGAUAGCCAUCCCCCCGUCGAUAUCUGCCUGCGAUAACUGGAAAUGCCCAAAGCACCGGCCGCCACGUCCAGACGCGUCAGAUUCACGCCCUUUUUCAGCGUAUCGCCUAAUAGCAGCGACGAUACGCUAAUCUCAAGCCAUGCGCGCCGAUCAGACGACGGGUGCGAUCGACCCGGUCGAUCGAAAGCGGACUCUGACGAUGAACUUGAGCCGGUGACUGAAAUUGAGGAACCGGUGGGCUCGGACUGUGUUCGACAUUCUCCGGAUCUGGAAGAAUCGCCGCCUCCGCCGCCGACGGUCACGCAUUUGUUUGUUAGCAAUAGGCGCGUCAUGUCGAGGGCGAGGGAUUGGGGGAGUGUGCUGGAUCCGGUCUCGCAGCGAUUACUCUGUAGAGUGCCGACGAGUACACUCUCGGAGAUCCAGACCGCAGUUGAUGCGGCGGAAGAUGCUCAGCCGGAAUGGGCGGCGUUGGGGUUUCAAACGCGAAGGGAGCACCUUCUGAGAUUAAUUGAUGUUUUGAGAGAGAUGUCUCCUGAUAUCGUAACGUGUCUAUCUCGAGAGGUCGGCAAAACCCUCGCAGAUGCAGAUGCAGAGGUAUUCCGGGGACUGGAUUGUAUCCACGCCGCAUGCUCGGUUGGUCCUGAGAUGGCGGGAAUGUACUUAGGUAACGACGUCACCUUGCUGCAAACGUUCUACGAGCCCAUCGGUGUCUGCAUGACAAUCACCCCGUUUAGUUUCCCGUUCAUGAUUCCGCUCUGGUCGCUACCGUAUGCUCUGAUCACAGGCAACACGACCAUUCUCAAACCAUCUGAGCGAACACCCACCACCUCCUCGCUUCUGGCAGAGGCAUUCCUCAGAACGGGCUUCCCGCCGGGUGUCUUCAAUGUUAUCCAUGGCGGACCGUCAACGGCAAAUCAACUGAUCAGCCAACCGUCCGUUCAAGCCAUCAACUUUGUCGGCUCCGAGGCCGCAGCCAAGCAAGUGCACGAUACCGCCAGAGCCUUAGGUAAACGCGUCCAGGCCGAAUGCGGCGGGAAGAAUCACGGUGUGGUUCUCGAAGACGCGAACAUGAUGCCGACUUUGUUCGCCAUUGCGGGGAGUGCAUUUGGUGCUGCAGGUCAGCGAUGCAUGGCGUUGAGCGUUGCAGUGUUCGUGGGCAGCACGCGAGAAUGGAUCCCCAAGCUGAUCGAACUGGCACAGUCGAUGGUCGUUGGGUGUGGUGGGGACCAGGAGUCGAAGAUCGGGCCGUUAAUUGACGAGGCGGCCAAGAAGCGCGUCAGCGGGAUCAUUCAGCGGGCGGUUGAAGAGAGGGCCUCUGUUCUGCUGGAUGGUCGCGAUGUGCAGGUGCCUGACUAUCCACAUGGGAAUUUCAUGGGGCCGACGAUUCUCACCGGAGUGGAAACGUAUAUGGAGUGCUACCAGAGUGAGAUCUUUGGGCCAGUGCUGAUCUGCAUGGAGGUUGAUACGCUCGACGAGGCGAUUGAGCUGAUCAAUCAUAAUAAAUAUGGAAACGGAUGCUCGAUCUUCACGACGAGUGGAAAGCAUGCGAACACGUUUCAGCGUCGAGUUAAUGUCGGACAGAUAGGUGUUAAUAUUCCGUUGAUUGCUCCAUAUGGAACUGCCGUCCGAACCAGCAAUAAGGACUCUUUCCUUGGUGAUCGCCACGCACCUGGAAAGGCAUACUGGCCUUUCUUUACUACAACGAAAACAGUAUCCUCUAGAUGGGAUCAAUGACUCCGAAUCUUGGCGUGGCCGUAUGCUUAACAUCCUGAACACUAUCCAGUAGCUAGCCCAGCCCUUGUGGCACAAAGUUUCGG